AUGGCCGAGGAGCAAGGAGCCUCAUUAGUUUAUCAAUUGAUUGAUGAUGCUCCUUGCAUUGGAUGUGAGAACUCCUGGUCGUUGGCAACUAAGUCCGGUUAGUCCAGUUAAGGUCACAGUCAACGUUCAGCGCUUGGCCAGAUCGGAGCAGCAAUCACUCACAAGUACUCCUUGGAAUGAUGAACAUCAGUUGCCUGCUGCAGUUUGAGUCGAUGGCAUAUCGUGGCUCCCAAACCCAAUCGCUGGCAUUGAAUCAGUUUGUGGCAAGUGCACUGCGCGUUUUUAUUGUCGAUUUCUAUCAGCGGAUGGCGCCAUCCUUUAUGCUAAUCAUCUCCUGUCGUCGCCGCAGUCCAUGGAACUUUUAUCGCCAGAUAAUGCAGUUGCUCUACGAGAGCGUCGACAACAUGAUCCUUCAAUUGAUUUAUCACGAUCACAAUAACCAAUCCCGUCGCAUUCCCGGUCCACGUUUACACAAUCUGCUGCUCGUCGAUUCGCUGCAAGCCUUGCUGGACAUUGAAAUCCAUACGUAUACAUCGCAGCUCGAUGGCAGCGAGUAUUAUUUUAUAUUUCUGCAGCAGCGGGACGCGCUCAUCCAGGUGGAGAUGCGGGGCAUAUUCGAGUAUUGUUGGCGUCAUCAGCUGCUCAACUGCAACGUGAUGACGCAGUCAGCUGCUGGCGAGAUUCUGAUGCACACCUAUUUUCCGUAUGCAGCCACAAAUUGUGGCGCCAUUCCCGUCCAGCAAAUCAAUCGAUUUGUGGGCAUCGCCUGGGAGAAGAACAUUUACUUUCCAGCCAAGCUGCACAAUCUGCACGGAUGUCCACUGCAGAUACUGCUGCGUCCAAUUGUACCGUUUGUUAUGCUGGAGCAACGACUGCUACAGGAGCUGGCCAGGCGCAUGAAUUUCAGCAUGCAUCUCGUCCAGAAUCACAGCACGGAGCAGCAAAUUCUGCAACUGCUCGAGGAGCAGCGCGCCCACCUGGCCAUUGGGUAUAUGAGGAAGCGUGUGGAGCAUUCUUUUAAUUUGACAGCGGUCUUUCCACACUACUCGAGCCGAUUGGUCGGCUGCCUGCCACUGAAUGCCCACAAUUUGACGAGUCUGCAACUGUUGGGAUUCCCCUUCCAAAGUUUCGCCUGGCUGGCCGUUCUCCUCAGCCUGCUGGCCACCGGCUGUGUGAUGUUGUGGUCGCGCCUGGAGCACACGGAACGAACAAGCGAUCUGCUGUCAGUGCUGGCCAUCGCUUGGGGACAGCCGGCGUUGGGGAAUGCGGGCAUGCGGAAUGUAGCACAGCGAAUGCUCUCCAUCAAUUGGCUGUGCGGCACCCAGCUGCUGCGUGCCAUGUAUAUGGCGUUAUUCUUUUAUAUGCUGCGCCACCAUAUCCAUCAGCGAUUGCCGCGCACGCUGCACGAGAUGACGGAGAGCGGCUAUGUGGCUGUCAUGAAUCGCAUAACGGCGGACGAUCUGCAGGGAGGAAUAGCAGGUGGAGGUGGAGUAGGAGCAGGUGCAGCUGGCAUCGUCAUCAUUAGCAGUGAGCGCGAACAGGAUGUGCUGCGAUUGUUGCAAGAAUUGGAGUCAUCAUCAUCGUCACGGCGCAUCUUUGGCAUCCUGUCGCAGCAGACGCUGCUGCAUGCUGUGCAACAUUCGCGUUGUAGUGGCGCGUAUUAUGUGCUGCCGCAGAACAUUGUCGAGCAGCAGCUGGCCAUCUAUCUGCAGAAGCAUUCGCAUCUGGUGCAGCGUCUGGACGAGCUAAUCAUCGCAAUACGAUCGGUAGGCCUGCUCCACUACUGGGCAGGUCAAAUGGGCAGCGAGCGAUAUUUUCGCAGCAUGCUGCUCCCCUAUCAGGAUAAACGGCUGCGGCAACCAGAUCUGUGGGCCAUCUACUUCAUUAUGGCUGGCCUCUACUUCCUGGCGACGCUUCUCCUCCUUGGCGAGCUCAUAUCGGCGCGCUGGCGACAACACAAUUAAUUGUUUUUUAUUGUAUCGAAUUGUAAUCGCUUACAGCAAU